AUGGGUGCAAAGGAACAUUUCAUGCCAUCAGCAAUUCCAUCUUUGGAAAAGAAUGUUAUGAUUAUAUGUGGUAUUUUAGAUUUCUUCUUUUUUGGUGUUGGUACAAUUAUUUUAGGUGCUCUCGAUGACUGUAAUGUUUGGUGUGUUCUCAUUGGUGUUUUACAAUUAUGUUUACCAUUCGUUGGUUGGUUCUGGUCCAUCAUUUGGGGUGUUUUAAUUCUCUUAAAAGCAUUAGCUUAA